UCCUCCUGUAUGAGGAACUGGAGCUUUAUCUUGAAGAACCGUUCUGAGACUUGAGGGUGAAAAAAAAAAACUGGGAGAAUGUUGCACCUUGCACAAUGAGCGCAAAUUUGUCGCAAUCGCACAAAUCCAUUUGAUGAGCAAUUCUGAAGCGUCUUUGGAAUCUUAAAAAGUGGAUCCCACGACUUUACAAUCAUGCGAAAUACUUGGUUGUCUCCUUGGUUGUCUCCACGAAGUUCUUUAUUGGAAUACUGGACAAAGGCUCUUCUAAGUCUUUUUUGGAUUCAAUACUCUUGCGGGAUGCCCCAUGUUAUCCGAAUAGGGGGGAUUUUCGAACAAACUGAAGGACCGGUUCCAUUUGUCAGUUCCGAAGAGCUUGCCUUUAAAUUUGCUGUCAAUAACAUCAACAGAAACAGGACUUUGUUGCCAAACACAACCCUAACGUACGACAUACAGAGGAUUAAUAUCUAUGACAGUUUUGAGGCAUCAAGAAAAGCUUGUGACCAACUGUCAUUAGGUGUAGUGGCAAUAUUUGGACCAUCUCAUAGCUCAUCUUCAAAUGCUGUCCAGUCCAUCUGCAAUGCAUUGGAAGUGCCACACAUUCAAGUGCGUUGGAAACAUCACCCAAUGGACAACAGGGACACCUUUUAUGCAAACCUCUACCCGGAUUAUUCUUCUCUAAGCUACGCCAUUCUGGACCUUGUGCAGUUCCUUAAAUGGAAAACAGCCACGGUUGUAUAUGACGACAGCACAGGUCUUAUUAGACUACAGGAACUGAUAAUGGCCCCCUCCAGGUAUAACAUCAGGCUGAAGAUUCGCCAGCUACCUCUGGACACCACUGACACCAGACCCCUUCUUAAGGAGAUGAAGAGAGGCAGGGAGUUCCGCAUAAUUUUCGACUGCAACCACGCAAUGGCCGCCCAGAUCCUCAAACAGGCCCAAACCAUGGGGAUGAUGACAGAGUACUACCACUAUAUCUUCACCACUCUGGACCUGAUGGCCAUCGACCUGGAGCCCUACCGUUACUGUGGCGUCAACAUGACCGGCUUCCGCAUCCUCAACGUGGAAAACCCUCAAGUGGCCUCCAUCGUAGAGAAGUGGUCCACCGAGAGGCAGAUACCGCUCAAGCCAGAUUCAGGCCUACUGGAGGGGAUUAUGACGACAGAUGCAGCUCUGACCUACGACGCGGUCCACAUUGUGUCCGUGUCCUACCAGCACGCCCCUCAGAUGACGGUCAACUCCCUGCAGUGCCAUCGUCACAAACCUUGGCGCUUUGGUGGGAAGUUCAUGGGUUACAUAAAAGAGUCCCACUGGGAAGGUUUGACCGGCCGGUUAUCAUUCAACAAGACUAGUGGCCUACGCACCGACUUUGACCUGGACAUAAUUAGUCUGAAAGAGGAAGGUCUGGAAAAGGUGGGGAAGUGGAGUGCGUCCGGAGGUCUCAACAUCACAGAAGUGCCCAAGCGGAAAGGGAUGAACAUCACAGACUCUCUGGCCAACCGCUCUCUAGUCAUCACCACCAUCCUGGAAGAACCAUAUGUCAUGCUUAAGAAGUCUGACAGGGCGCUGGUGGGCAACGACCGCUUUGAGGGAUUCUGCAUCGACUUGCUGAAGGAGCUGGCCAACAUCCUGGGCUUCACCUACGAGAUCCGCCUGGUGCCAGACGGAAAGUACGGUUCCCAGGAUGAAAAGGGCCAGUGGAACGGCAUGAUCAGGGAGCUGAUGGAACAUAGAGCAGACUUGUCCGUGGCACCUCUGACGAUCACCUACAUGCGUGAGAAAGUGGUGGAUUUUUCCAAGCCUUUCUUGAACAUGGGCAUCAGCAUCUUAUAUCGCAAGCCCAACGUCACCAACAACGGCUUCUUCUCGUUCCUCAACCCCAUGACCCCCGACAUCUGGGUGUACAUCCUUCUGGCAUACCUGGGGGUCAGCUGUGUCCUCUUCGUCAUCGCCAGAUUCAGUCCUUACGAAUGGUAUGACGCCCAUCCUUGUAACCCAGGAUCGGAUGUUGUGGAGAACAAUUUCACCCUCUUGAACAGCUUCUGGUUUGGUGUGGGCUCCCUGAUGCAGCAAGGCUCAGAGCUGAUGCCCAAAGCCCUCUCCACCAGGAUCAUAGGUGGGAUCUGGUGGUUCUUCACCCUUAUCAUCAUCUCCUCCUACACGGCUAACUUGGCGGCAUUCCUCACUGUGGAGAGGAUGGAUUCACCUGUAGACUCAGCGGACGACAUUGCCAAGCAGACCAAGAUUGAAUACGGAGUGGUCAAAGAUGGAGCCACCAUGACUUUCUUUAAGAAAUCUAAGGUUUCGACUUUUGAGAAGAUGUGGGCAUUUAUGAGUAGCAAGCCAAGCACAUCGUUGGUCAAGUCUAUUGAAGAUGGUAUCCAGAGGGUUCUCAAGUCAGACUACGCUCUUCUCAUGGAGUCUACAACCAUCGACUACAUUACAAAAAGGAACUGCAACCUGACACAGGUUGGAGGAAUUAUUGACAGCAAAGGCUAUGGGAUCGGCACUCCUUUAGGCUCGCCAUACAGGGACAAGAUCACCAUAGCCAUCCUGAGUAUCCUUGAAGAUGGCCGUCUUCACAUGCUGAAGGAGAAGUGGUGGAGUGGGAGCAGAUGUUUGGACGAGGAGCGGCGGGAGACGGGCCCUAUGGGCAUUCAGAACCUGGGCGGUAUCUUCAUCGUGCUGGCCUCAGGCCUAGUCCUCUCCGUCUUUGUGGCCAUUGCCGAGUUUGUUUACAAGCUGAGGAAAACAGCCGAACGCGACCAGAGGUCUUUCUGCAGUGCCAUGGUGGACGAGAUCAGACUGUCGUUCACCUGCGAGAGACGAGUGAAGCACAAGCCCCAGCCCCAAGCCGUGGUGAAGACGGAUGCAGUGAUCAACAUGCACACCUUCAACGACCGACGACUCCCGGGAAAGGACAACGUGACAUGCAACACUGGGAUGACCCCUGUGUUCCCGUGACAGUGUGCGCCUCUCAGGGGAAAAGCCUCCUGAGUCACAUGACAGGGGCCGUGCCAGAGACCAGGGACAACGGGAUCGAGGGAAUCACAAGGUUCACCAUAAACCACAGCAACAUGGGAACACUAACGAAACAUGGUCAACUCAAAAUGGCGGCAUCUGCAACACAGGUAUGACAUCGUUCAGCGAUGUAUUUUGCCAAAACAGAAUAAAUAAGAGGUCGGAGGAUUGAUGCCAUUUCCCAGGAAGGAAGCGACAUCUCCCCAAAAAAUCUGUAUUCACGUCUGAUGUUUACGUGCGCAAUUCAAAAACACACUAAAGGAAAUACCCAAGGAAUCCUCAAUCAACAACAAAUAUGGAGGCUUUUUAUUGUGCACAUACAAUAGUCAGAAAAGGGCAUCAUUGAGCAUGGCAAUAAAAGAACUACAGACACACAAGGAGGAGCAGUAUUCACAGAAGAUCAGUUAUGUUACGCAUAGCACAUCUAUGUUAUACAAAGUUCUUACCGCUUAUCUUUUACCCUGUUUCGAAUGAGCCCGGGUGUCUUUUGGCAGCAGAAACUGUCGUUACUGUAAAUGUUAUCCGGACUGAACAAUGAAACUGGAGUACACAAGUUAUCGGCAUACUGCAUUUGGACGUAUGACUUAACCUUUGGGGCAUUUAUAAUAUUGUACGAAAUCUAUCAAUUAGAACCUGCAUUUGAAACCCACACCUACUGUUUGCAGAUGGUCAUAGAUCACUUAUUGAGAUUUUAAACUAACUAAUUGAAUACACACAAAAAAUAACCUCAAUAAAAUCAAAAAGCAGUCACACAAGUUCAGUAAACAUAUUAUAUUGCAUAUGUUUUACUUUAAAAUAAGCCGUUUCUACACAAUUUUGUAGUUGAAAUCCAAACACAGGAUAUGGUCAUGUUUGUAUUUGCUCCAACACACGAUUUGCAUUAUUGUAUGUUGAUACAUUAGGCUAGAUAUUUGAUUAACAUGCCACUUGCCAAAGAAAAGCCAAUUUGAUGGUAAAUAAUACAAUAACACAUAGAAUGGCUGCAUGGGAGUUACAUUUUGCAUCCCAGAAAUCCAUCAAACAAAUUAAGGAUAUUUUUUUAUUGCAGUAGUUACAAUGUAGUUGUGGUCUUACCUGAAGGGGCACAAUCUAGGUCCUAAAAAGUGUCCAAACACAACUAAACAAAACUUAUUUGUCUGGUAUCUAACAUUUCUUCUACAAAACAUUUUGACAAGUCAAAAAAAUAUUGACACAAGAAUGAUUCAAUCUGGGAAUAACCCCUAAAUAAAACAUUUCAUAAAUGUACUAUGUUUUCUUGACUUGUGUUUCAAACUAUUGGACAUGACUUCCUCCCUUUGGCUUAGUCUUAUCUUUGAUGGAGAAUAUUGGGCAUUGGACAGAGUUUUGAAAGCUGUCAUUAUGACGUCUGCUCAACAACAUUCUGUUUGUCUAUAUCCAUGUGUUAACUGUGUGGUCACAGCACCAGUGAAUGUCCUUGGCACACACACACACCAUUUCAGUUUUCUGUUUUUAUUACUGACAUCCAACAGCUUUGUGCCAAUGCACUGCAUCUUAGAUGGUUUUCUGUAAACAGUGUAAUAUCUGCCUAUGAGAACGAGACAAGGUACUGACUAUUACUCUGCAAGAUAGCUAUGAGUGGCUAUUGACGCACUUGUUGUUUUUACAUUUGAAUCUCAUAAUGUGAAUUGAGAUAGAGAUCAAAAACUUUAUCAAUAUUUAUAAUGUCUAGUUGUUGAUGAUGAUAUCAACAGACGGUGGAUCAUCAGUAGUGUAUGUUGGCAUUAACCUUGAUGAACUGCCGGAACAGCAAGCUGAAGAGACAGCGAACCUCUGUGAGGUUUACAUUGUUGUUAAAUCAAGACAAAUAUAUCCUUGGUUCCACUUUUUCAAUAUAAACAUGUACGAUCCUACAAAGGAAACUUAAAUCUGUGUGACUUAUCAUUGGUUUGGUAGAAAUUCAUUGUAUACAUGUUUAACAAUUCCCUUCUGCAAAGUAGAGUAUAUGUAGAUAAGAUGAACAGGAGAAAAAAUGUAUUUUGCUAAAUUUAUACUGGUAAAUACAUACAUUUUGUUCACAGUCAAACUUGAUAUAGAUUUUACUUUGAAUUGAAAUGUCACUUUAACCCUAUCCCCUCUCCCAUAUCAACAAACCCCCAUUUAUAUAUUGGAUAGAAAUGGAUUAUAUUAUAAAAUAUUGGAUUAUGAUCAUCAAAAACUCUAUAAAUAUAUAAAUACAAAUUUUCUUUAAAAACACUUUAGACUUUAAUAUAAGGUGUUGUGUGCUGUUGUUCCCCCAAAUUCCCCUAGAAUAGGACGUUUCUUCAGCUGCGUGCCCAUUUAUACAGUUGGUCAUAAGCCUUGAUGGAUGCCUUGUAAAAGUAGCUACUACUUUACUACUUUACUAAGGAUACUUCCACCCCUGCAGCCCUCCCCACCCCCCUUUCCUGCUCCCCCUGACACGUCCACCCUUCAAGACACGUUCAGUCUUCACUUCCCUAAGCAUUGCUAAUAGAUGAAAAAAAACGACAGGGUUUGAACCGGCUCAUUCGUAGAGUGAGUAUAGGAAUGGCCAUUUUUUUGUAACUGAAAAUUAAUACUUGUCAUUUAACACAUUGAGAGGUGGGGAAGAGUAAGUUAUACAGAGUAUGUGUUCCAUAAACAAUACCUAGUCACAGUUACUAAUGAGCUGCAGUUACAGUCUAUGCCUAUGUUUAAGUAAUGAUUACUUUUGAGUUGCACUUGUCUGCUUUUAUCAUUUGGCAGAAAACUUCUCAAACAAUACAAUGACUAUGUUGGUGCCAACCAGGGUUUUCUUUGUGGACAUGCAGAAUUUCUAUGAAUAUAGUUUUUUGUAAUGUUUUGUAACUAUUUUUGUUUUCCUAGUAACUGUAUGUGUUUUGAGAAGACCAUUAGAAUAACAGACACUGAAGUAAAACAUGGAUAAAAACAAAAAUCUAGAGAAGCUAUUGAAUUAUUUUCUUUUUAACACACUGUGAAUAAUUCAAUUGUACAGUUUGCUGUAUGGGU